AUGGCGCGGUGGUCGUCUCCCAAGGACCCGCCGCUGGAGGCGGCCCUCCGCCGCAACCGGCGCUGGAUCGUGAACAACCAGAUCAAGCGCCUCCUCCUCCGCUUCCCGUCCCGCUCCGCCCCAGUCCGCCUCCUCCAGUCCCGCUUCAAGACGCUCGACCUCCUCGGCCGCGCCGCCAACUGGCUCCGCAAGUACCCAUCCUGCUUCGACAUCUUCACCGGCGACGGCCCCUCAGGGAGCGGCGGGGAGCUCUGCUUCGGCUUCACCAAGCGGAUGGCCGAGCUCGUCGACGCCGAGGAGGCCGCCGUCGCCGCGUCCGAGCCAGCCAUGGCCGACCGGCUCGCGCGGGUGCUCAUGCUCGCCCGUGGACGCCGCCUCCAGGUCUCCAAGCUCGCCGCGCUGCGCGGCCCGCUCGGCCUCCCCGACGACUACCUCCUCCGCGUCCUGCCGGCCCACACCGACCUCUUCCGCCUCGCCAACCCGUACCCUCACCGCCGCAACGCCGCCGAGCUGGAGCUGCUCCGGUGGGUUCCCUCCCUCGCCGUCUCCGCCGUCGAGGCCGCCGCCUCCGCGACGAACUCCCUCCCGAGGUUCACCUGCUCGUUGCCGUCCUCUUGGGUCAAGUCCCACGAAAAGAUGGAGGAUUUCAACUCCACGCCUUACAUUUCGCCCUACUCGGAGGACUGGGCGGUGCCCAGCACGGACGCGGAGGCCGAGAAGCGCGCCGUCGCGGUGGUUCAUGAGUUCCUUUCGCUCACCAUGUGGAGAAAGAUUUCGGUUAUGAAGCUUGAGCACUUCAGGUGGGAGUUCGGGCUGCCGGAGGACAUUGGUAGGCUGCUGCUCCGGCAUCCAUGCCUCUUCUAUGUGUCGAAUCGAUACAAACUCCACACGGUGGUGCUUCGUGAGGGUUACGACGUGUCCGAGCUGAGGGUGAAGGAUCCAGUGGUGGCGGCAAAGGAUAGGCUCGGGGAGCUCAUGCAGGAGGGGCUGCACGAGUAUAACCAGCGGCGGCUUGCUGCAAAUUUGGAGAACAAGAGGAGGAGAGGCGAUGUUGAUGUAAAGAAGGAGGAAGAGGAGCCGGAGGAUGAGGCAGCACAAUUGGUUAGUGCAGAGAAGAGGGAGGAGAGGAGGAGGUUUUACAAGGUGCUGUUUGGUGAUGACAACCGGUGAUCGAUUUAUGUAAGCAUGGGGCUCCUUAUAUCUCCAUUGCUGUAAUGUUUGUCCACUCUCACUAUGGAUUGAAGCAGCUACCCAUGGAUGCAGUGAGAGUGGCAUUGCUGAAGGCAUGAGUCUGCAGGUGAAAAUAAUUCGGGUUGGUGUUGUUUCUGGUCCUAGAGGAUCUAAUUCCUGACCUGCUACUGUUUCUUCUAAGAAAGUCUGAACGUGUGUUGAACAGCUGCAAGAAUGCCACCAGCUGGUUAGUUUGUUCUUUGGGUGGAUUGCAACAAUUGUAGCAAUCUCUCAUAUGGAUAAUUCCGUGUGAACAGUUGAUGGGAUUUGGCAAGGAGAACGAUUUCUGUGAAGGAAGGCAACAUAUUGAUGACAUGAAUUAGUGAUGUCUGUGAUAAAGAUGGGAAGAUUUAUAUGAUAACUUGACUUGGGAGUGAAUCAACAACAAUGCAGACUGGUGCUGUAUCAUCGCAUAGAAGAAACUCAUAAGCAGCAAAUGCUCCUUAUGAAAGGCACUGAUAUUGUUUGAUCUUUGAGCACAGUAAGAGUUGUACACUUCUUCUGGAUAGUGUUUUGUGCAACAAUAUCUUCAGCCCAGGAAACGGAACCUCGAUGCGCAUGAUUUAACAUUUGAGGUUUGGCUUUGAAUCAGUCCUUUGAAGGACACCGCGUGCAAUUGGCAUGUUCUACUUUGUGUCAUCCUCCCUGAAAAUCCCAUGCUCAAUCAACAUCUGGCAGCGUUUUGGCGCUUCCAGUUUUGGUGGACAUGGGUAUCAUGCCUGCUGAUGAACUUGGUAAACAUGUCCUUUUUGUAAGUAAACAAAACAUCGCUUCAUAUGGAGAUUGAGGUGCGUGCCGG